GUUGUUAUGGUGCUAACCCUCAAAUGAUCAAAACAACUGUAUUCUGAAUCGCUGUUUACCUUGCUUACAAUGCAAGGUUAUUAUUCGUACAAGAAAAUAAUAUAUUAAAAACGUAAUAGGACACGUUUUAUUUAUGAAAACUUAUUCGUUUCUAUAUUGUUAUGUGUUCAAUUUUUUUUUCCACGCGAAGUUACAACUUUAAAAGUAGGCCUGGGAUAAGCCUUGGAGUGGAUUGAAGGGUGUGACGGAGCUGGAUAGGAUGUUCAGUCCUCGGCAAAAAAAAUCAAAGGGACCGAGGUUCAGCGGAGAGUCAACAAAAAAAAGGACAGUCGAGGAAAAUUUAAAAUAAAUGAACAAAUGAGUAAAAUAUAUGUAAUAAUACAAAACGACGGAAGGGGAGAAGAAAAGAAUGAUCUCCAGGUACAACCGAAAGCCCAUCUCCCACAGCCUCGAGAUACGUGGAUUAUCGAAAAGCAAUAUUGAACAUCACCCAUUGCCAGAGAAGGAUAAUGUUUAUCUCCCACAAAAUUUCCUGCAUGAUGUCAAGGACGCUGUUUCUGCUUACCAAAGAGAAUCUGAGGACUCCGAUGAAUCAAGUUGUCGAACGGUUACUGCAGAAGAGUUAGCAAAUUCUUGGUCUGCCAUUCAGAGCUACACUGGAACUGGAGUUUCCACAGAACGAAGUUCAGUCUUCUCCUGGGGCUAUGAUGAAUUUGAUAAAGCAGCAUCAAGGCAGGUGCAGCAAAUGUUUGAGGAAAUUGAUGAACUUCUAUAUGAGUGUAAACCAUGUGGACAAAUGCAGAGUCUUGAAGAGGAAUGUGAACAGUGGAAAUCACGUUUCCCACAUCUCAGAAUACUGGGUACACAGAUGGUGAUGCCAACUGAUGAGGGUUACAAGUGGUAUUCAACGCCAGGGAGUUGUGAUUCUAUUUCCACUACAGCAAGCAAUAGCAGAGAGAAAUCUUCCAAUGAGCUCAGUGUCCUUGGAAAGAAGGUCCCAUUCUCAGUGUCCAGGCCAAAUACAGAUAACACAUUAUCUGGGAAUGAUGAGAACAUUGUGAAUCCGAAUGAGGAGACUGGAGUGAUUGAGGCAGAAGGAUUGGUAGAGGAGUACUUAGCUUUUGAUUGUAGGGAUAAAGAGGAAGAGGGAGCAGAAAAGAGACGUGACUAUCAGUCUCAAAGAAAAUGGAUGGGCUUUCCGCCUGUUACACCUUUUCACUGCAUGAAGGAAGCGGUGCUGGACACCAUGUUUGAGGAGGUGUGGAGGGAAGUUGUUGGCUGCAUGGAGGAGCUGGUUCGCCGACACUGGGAGGGAUCUGUUUCUGAUGAUGAGCGAAAUGCAGUGACCAUUGCAAAAAAGGUGGAUUACUCGAGUCCAUUCAUGCUGUUCUCUGCCUUGACUAUGGUAGCACCACAGGUGACCCAGGCUCGACAGCUAUCUUCUACUCCAAAUCCCGCAAUGCAGAGCCAGCAGCCUAAGUCUCGAAGGAAGUCCAAAAAGACAAGGAAGUCUUCCACUGCUGCUCGAGCACACAGUUUGACUGGAAGCCAACAGCAUAGUCUUAAUGACUUAAUUGUUAUCCAGGGAAUACCAUUACAACAAAGACACCUGCCAGUGCCUGACAGAAUACAGGAAACUGAAGCAACUGCCCGUCCUGGUUCAAGCACUGUUUCCUCAAAUAAACCCCGUCCAAGGCGCCCACAAGAGCAGAACAGUUCUCUGUCCCGUCUUCCACAGUCUGCAAGGAGGCGCAAUCCUCUGCCUCGUACACUGCACCCUAUCAACUCUGGCCUGACCCAGUCAGGAUCUACUGUCUACCUCGAUGAGGUCGUUCGAGGAACACGGCUAGCCACGGCAAAUGACCGUCUGUCUUCCCCACCAAUGCCUCUGAGCAGAAAUAACCUUCUCCCACCGAUUAGUACUGGUGAACCAGAACACUCAAAUGUACAGCAGCAUAGCAGUCGACAGCAACUUAAGCACUGGGGUACUCCAAGUCGUGCACACAGUGCCCUGACUGAUGACAUGGGAGGUCUCCCUUCAAAAGACCGACUACAAGGGUUCGAUUUACUCUCUCGGCCGAGUACAACACACACGUUCAGGUCAGACACUCCAUAUCGACGCUCUUUCACAGUUUUGGACAGCAUAAGCCAAACACGUCCUGGUCGAGGAUCUGCUGGUACAGAUUCCAUCAGCAUUGGAGUCACUGGAGUUAGCCUGGGAAUCAGUAGUUCAUCUUUCAUAGACUCUUUCUACUAUCAUCCACUGGGACACUCUCCAAUUGAAGAUGAGGAGGAAAAUGAAGAGCAGCCAUCUCCAGGCCUCCAGAUCCCCGUUCCUAAUCGCUCUCAGACUAGAGGUGGACUGAUGUUGAAAAACAGUCGCCAAGGACUGUAACCUUCCUUCAGGGACUUCAGGGCAUAACAAACAAAAACUGUGCAAGAAUAGUGCUUGAGACUUCAAUACUCCGUGAAAUGUUUACCUUUUUUGUGACUCCUACUUUUGCAGAAACAUAUGGAGCGUCUUCAACUUGUUAGUAGCCUAUUUUUAUACAUUUUAUUAGAUUGGUUAUGGCUGCCAAAGACAAAACACAAAUCAUCUAGUUGGUGCAUUUUCAUAAUUGCCUCCCCAGAUGUAUAUUUUAAUACUUUUUUAUUAAAUUAAAAACCUAGUUCUGUUUCCAAAA